AUCAAGAAAAUUUGUUUACAAACAACGCAAUCAUUCGAUCAAAAUCCCUUCAAAAAAAGUUAUCAGCUCAUAAAAUACUAAAAAAUGAGUUUUGUUCAAUAAAACGUAAAUUUUAUAUCCAAAAUCCCAUCGAAAUCGAUAGAAAACAUGACCGAGCUCAUUUGUGAUAGUCGACUGAAAAAGCAACCGUCAUCGCUAUACAAUACGUGCAUCCGAUACGUAGCUCGCAAUUUAAGAAAAUACAAGCACAUCGAGUAUCUGGAAGUGAUACCACCGUUAAUCAAGAAUGCCCUGAUCCUCAACGUGACUCGCGUCCAGCGAGGAUUUCACGAUGACGAACUGCUGGAAAUGCUGCUGAACGGAACGCUCACGCGGAUCAACUUUUCCAGUUCGACCAUAACCGACAGGACAUUGCUUUCGCUGGCCGAAAAGUGUCCCAACCUUAAAAGCCUUACACUGACCCAGGGAGAUUACCGAUUCAGCCGCCGAGGACUGGAGGCAAUUGUCCGGCAGCUCCAACAUCUGCAGCAGCUGUCCGUCCGGAAUUGCUCCCUGGUGGACGACGAGCUGGUGGCAUUGCUGGCACAAAACUGUCCCAGGCUGGAUCUGAUGGACUUCGAGUGCUGCCCGAAUGUGACCGACCGGUCGGCCGAUUCGAUCAAGCGACUCAAACUGACCAAAUUGAACCUUUCGAGGACGCGGAUUUCCGACCAAUUCCUGAUGGCAAUUGCAAAUGAGCAGUGCGGUUGCUCUUUGGAGGACCUCAACGUUGGCCACUGCAAUAUUACGGGCGCCGGGUUGGGCAAGCUGCCUUGGGAUACUAUAAAGUAUAUUGGAUUCGAGGGAUGCGAGAUUAACGAUCUUGACUUCAUUGGGACGAACAAAAACCUCAAGUACAUCCAAUGGACGAUAUCCAACUGAUGGAUAUUUCGCCACGCACAGUGGACAUGCAAUAUUUAACUAUCGAGUAAGUUUGAGAAAUCUAUAUUUCCUUGUAAGUCCGCACAUUUGUAAGGAUCGGACGAUUCUUCACACUCAGAGACACUAUUUUAUCCAAUUAACGAUAAUUCAUCAACCAGGAAUGCACCCAAAUGAAGGAACCUUAAAAGCAAUUACUAUUUGUCCCAUAUACUAUGUAUCGUAUUUAUAUCGAUAGAUUUUAGUGUGAUUCACGUUUACUCCUGUAAUAGAAAACUAUUUAAUAAAUUUACGACUAAGACAAGUAAUAGCACAUAACUACAUUAGCACUAUUUAUCAAAGAUGAGUUAUAUGAAAUACUAAUCUAAAUUAAAUCAUCGAAUGCUCUGAACGACUUUUAAACAAAUUGCCUAGUUGUAACAUGGAACAAAAUUCAAAUUUCAAUCAUUGCCAUUAUUCAUUCAACGCUAUUAAAACGUUUUGGAGGACCAAUUUCCAAAUUUCUUCUCACUUCUGAAACUCUAUCCUAAUUUCAGUUUUAGAAUUUUUCUUUGUGAUUAUUAAACGUCGUCUGCGUAUUCAAUUUAGAUAAAACAUUAGGAAUCCCAUAAAAUCACGUGUUGCCCUUCGAGAUAGCGUUCGAUUGCGCUAGAUGACUACCUAAGAAUAACCAAAAGUACACAGCAAGAUAGCCGAAACAAAUUCAAACGAUGUCUUAUAAACAGAGUAAACUAAAAAGCACACAAAACCACACGACACAAUACAGUCACGGACCAUUCACACGUUGCGCUUUUAAUUGCGGACGCGAGACAAACUCUUAGCUAGAGAAAGCAUGUAAUGUUUAGUGAACUAGAAUGUAGGUCACGAGAAAAAUAAUCAAAUAUUUAAAUUCAAUUUCAAACAAAAUUAAAAGUCUACACAAGGUGAUAGUUUUAGACAUAAUAAUCGCUAAAGGGAUGGAUUGUUGAUCAAAUCAAAAUACCCAGCCUCUAUUGUAGGGAAAUACGACACAGACUAAAAAAGCGAUGCAGCAAUAUUAAUCCAUAAACUACGGUAAUCUAAUGCAUCCUUCCUCAUAACUGUAACUGUCCUUUCUCUGUCUACUAAUCGUGUGUCCUACGAUGACCAUUAAUAACAACCUAUCUAUGACUGUGCGUAGACGUACUAGAGCGUUUCGAAUCUAUCUAAUAGGUAUAGUAAUUUACAAAACUACACAGAACACGUCUGAAUAACGGACAAAGAACAAGGAAAUUGUAACACCACAACCGCAAUGGAUUUUUAGCGAAUAGGCGCCGCUUCUAGAUCGAAACUAUUAAUCAAAAAUCUGAAGGUUUGGAUCAGUGAAGGGGGUUUGACAGAAUGGGAUUUGCCCAGGAUCGGCGAAUUCACCUUUGCAUAAGAAAACCCUAAGGCUUGGCAAAUUUUCAGUAUUAGCGUUUAAUUAAAGUGUUUGAAUGUUAUUUUAACCUGAUUGCAAAAGAAA